GUGGUGUGUGUGUUUAAGUGUUAGUUGUUUUUGAUAUUUUUUUAAAAGCUUUUAGGCUGCUUGUGGAAGUCAGAGCAAAUACCAGGAAGGUACUACAGCAAGAUGGACUUAGGAAAGGACCAAUCUCAUCCAAAGCUACAGCAGACAUCGGACACUCAUCCAAUAAAGGCCUCUGAACCAGAAAUCAUUGGAACUUGGAGUUUGCGAAACAGAGAGCAACUCAGGAAAAGAAAAGCUGAAGCACAAGAGAAACAGACCUCACAAUGGCUCCUAGGAGAAGAGAAAAAACGCAAAAGGCAGAAAACAGGAAAAGGAAAUCAAAGAGGCCAAAAGAAAGAAGGAAAUGCAGAACCGAAGGUGAAGCCUCGGUCACAAACAGCAAAGCGAGUGAUGGAGAAAGAACUGAAGUGAAGGAAAAAGCCAAAGUGGAAGAACCAGAAAUAUCAGCAAUUCCACAUUCCCCUCAAGAGAUUCGACAAGAAAAUGACGUCUACAGUUAUGUUUUGUUUUAGCAAUGCUCAAUCAUAAAGUUGUAGACCAACAAAAUAUGUAUCUUGAUAUUUUAUGUGUGAUGUUUUAAAACAUAUAGACUUUGACAAUUUUUAUUCAUGUUAUUUCCCAUUUAUAAACCAUACCUCUGAGAGAACUAACAUUUUUUAGAUAAUAUUCCACUAGAAUGUGUGUGUGUGUGUG